AGCAGGACGGACCGGGUCCGGAACCAGCCGCACCCGGGUCCUCUGAUCCAGAACCAGGACCGGGACUCAACGGGGUCGAGCCGCGCGUGCACUGCCGGUUUUACGCGUCCGUGCGCGGAUUCUCCGGGUUCGGAUCUCCACCAGAGACCUGAGGACUCUGGACACGCGCUGAUCCAAGGACACGCGCUCACACACAGUCUGACUGAGGAGGGAUGAUUGAUUGAUUGAUUGAUUGAUUGAUUGAUUGAUUGAUUGAUUGGCCUGUCAUGUGUCAGUGAUGAUGGAGCCUCAGCUGGUGAUGAUGAUGGUGGUGGUGAUGAUGAUGAUGAUGAUGGAGGUGGGCGGAGCUUCUCUCAGGCCGCAGUCUGUCAGCAGCAGCGUGAUGGAGACGUUCAGAGGAGCGAGAAACAGACGUUACGCCAUCAACCCUGUGGGACACAAGUGGACUCACCACAACCUUACAUACAGAGUCAUAAAGUUUCCCAACACUCUGAACGUUGAGGACACGAGGAAGGCAAUCAGCAUCGCGUUCACCAAAUGGAGCGAUGUGUCUCCACUGACCUUCAUCGAGGUCACCGACAGCAAUGCCACUGCUGACAUCACCAUCGGUUUCUACACCUUUAAUCACACAGACUGCUGGUGGUCUCCUCUCCACCCGUGUUUCGACGGUCUGAAUGGCGAGCUGGCUCACGCCUUCCUGCCGCCACGUGGAGAAAUCCACUUCGACAACCACGAGUUCUGGAUCCUCGGCAAGUCCAGGUUCAGCUGGAAGCAAGGUGUGUGGCUGAAUGACCUGGUGCAGGUGGCGGCUCAUGAGAUAGGUCACGCCCUCGGACUGUGGCACUCCAGAGACCCGAAGGCUCUGAUGCAUCCGAACGCCACGUACACGGGUCAGAGGAACAUCGCCCAGGAUGACGUAUGGGGCAUCCAGAGACUCUACGGCUGUGUGGAUAAGAAGAGAGUGUGUGACCCGUGGGCUCGUCUGGGUUUCUGCGAGCGCAGGAAGACGUUCAUGAAGAAGAACUGUCCUCAGCGAUGCGACCUCUGCUACGAGCCGCUAGAGGCCGCCGCCACGCCGACACCACCGCCCGCCAACCUCAAGAUCAAGCUGGUCCCCCGAGGGAAGGUGGUCGGCUUCCGCUGCGGGACCAAGAACCUGAGGACGCCCCCCAAAGUCAGCUGGUAUAAGGACGGGGAGCAGAUCCUGUCCUCUGUCCCCGGCUACAUCGUGAUGAAGGACAGAGACCUUCGUAUCGUGGCCAACGAAUUUAACGAGGGCGUCUACACCUGCCGCGUCCUCCGCCGCGGGGAUAUUGUGUCCGCCAACUCCUGGGCCAUCCGGCUGAAGCCAGAGCAGCCGUCCAACAGCUAAGGACAACGAGGGGACGGAGGGACAGAGGACACAAACCAGGACGAAGUGAUGAAGUUUGGACAUCAGGUGUUCUAAGAGGACAUUGACCUCAUAUUCUCUAGUUAUUUCCUGCUGUAGUUGUUCAAUAAUGAACCAGUGAGUCUGACAGAUGGAUCAGACUGACCAAUAGAACGUAUCUGACAUCUGUAGGUCCCGCCCACCAGAUUCAGAUCAACAGAAAAAAUUUUGAUCCACUAUAAAAGAUUUUGAUCCAUUAUAAAACAUUUUGAUCCAUUAUAAAUCAUUUCGAUCCUCUAUAAAACAUUUUGAUCAGCUAUAAACAUUUCGAUCCAUUAUAAAACAUUUUGAUCCACUUUAAAACAUUUUGAUCCACUUUAAACAU